AUGAAGGUUUUUAUCAAUGCUGGUGGCCAAAGAGGCUACAAAGGCCAUUGUGUUAAUGUACCGCAAAAAGUUGAAGAGUUAGCUCUGACUUUGCCUCGUUGUCCAAAAGAUAUUGCUUUGAUUUUUGUUAGAGUCAAGGGGAAUAAUUAUCUAAAAGAUGUUAGUGUUAGAAAAAAUAAGGUUGAAGAGGCUUUGUAUUGGUUAAUUAAGCACAAUCCUGUGUAUCAUGAUGUUUGUAUUGAUAGAGGCGUGCUUGAUGGUUUACCCAGCCAUGGUGUUCCUGAAGAUUUAACUCUUUAUCGACAAGCGACAUUUUGA